AUGGCUAGUUCAGCCUUUCCACAGAAAUGGCGCGAAAAACUGGAGCGUGGUCAGCCAAGUGGUCCCAGAGAGGUGCACGGCCGGCGGAGAGAGGCCCUGGAAGAUGGUCGUAGUGAGGCCGAGGCCCGCUGGUCUGGCGACGGAGAACGCCUACCGUGCCUGGGUUGCCUGGCUAAAGAGGCCGAGCUAGCGGAGGCGAUUGAGUCUCUUGAGUUGGUCCAAUUGAGGUCGCGCGCGGCCGUGGACCGCUGCAAUGAGCAGCAGGCGGAGCUCGAGCGCCGGGAGGAACAUACCCUGGAACUACAGAAGGCUCUAGAGGCGAAAAAAUCCGAAGUACUUCGCAUAGAGCUACAGAUAUCUCUAGAGGAGACAAAGUCGGAAGCCCUUCGACUACUACAGGUGUGUCUGCAGCAGCUCCAAAGGGAGAACGCCGCUCUUCGCGCCCAGGCCGCGGGGAGGGCAAGCUCUUCUGCUGCAGCAGGAAUCCUACAGAGCCUGGCGGCCGCCACCGCCACCGCCACCACCACCGCCGCGGGAGGGGGGGUAGGCGCAGAGCAGGGCGUGGUUGCCGUACCCCCAAGGAGCGACGACUUGGGAGCCGCGUUCGUCCGACGUCAGCUGGAAGACGCCUGCGCGAAGGCGGUGUUUGCCCAGCGUGCGCUCGAUCCCGAGCGCGGGUUGCUCCAGAUGGCCGACGAGCUCGGGGCUGGUGGACACGGCACCGUGCGUAAGGCCGUGGACCCGACCACGGGGAAGACAUUCGCGGUCAAGACCGCCAACGACGAGGAAGGCAAGACCUGCCUGAAGCACGAAGCGAAGAACCUCAUCCGGCUAGGAACGCACGAAGGCGUCGUAGAGGUGAUGGCCAUCCUCGAUAAAGACAAUUCGAUGGCCAUCGCGAUGGAGCUCGGGCAAACCGACCUCCAACACGCCAUGUUCGACCAGAAGCGCACGGUGGUCGAACUGUUGACGUAUGCCGCGCAGGUGGCUGACGGAGUGGACUUCAUGCACUCCAAGGGCCUCGUCCACGGAGACCUUAAGCCCGACAACGUCCUUCUCGUCAAGAAGACUGACACCCUUACCGUGGCCAAGUUGGCCGACCUCGGACUGUCGCGCGCGGUGGGUGAGAGGAAAUACAGAGGCUGCGGUACGCUCGGGAACUCCAUCACUCCAAACAACUUCUUCAGGGCCGUUCCCGCGGACAAGGCCGACGACGUCUGGGCCCUCGGCGUGCUGCUCCUGUCCUUGCUGCUGCCGCGGGGCCUCUUCUCGAGCAACUUCUUGACGAGUCGUGUCCUCCACACCGCCGCGGAGAGGGAGGCACUCGCACGCUCCACCACGAGCAGGCAGAGACUCGAGAUUAAGUACGGGAUGUCCUUCCGCACGGCGAACGACACGUCCGAAAACGGCUUCCAGAAGAGGAUGGUCAGGAGCGUGCUCUUCGUCACGCUCGAGCAGACGAUGCGGGACACCGCCUGCUCUUUUCUGCGGCGCAUGGUCGACCCCGACGCCAGCGAGCGGCCGGACAUCGGCGAGGUGCGGGCGUGGCUGCCGUCCAUCAUCCAGUCCGCGGAGAGGCAGUCAAGGGCCAUGGCGACGGCAGGUCGGUGCCGUCGACCGGGAGCCCCGUGGAAUCGAUUUCUUCGGUCUCCUCUUCCAACAGCUGGUCGGGGGGCCUCGCCGUUCUCUUGGAGGACGAGGACGGUAUGGCGCGAGGACACACGGCCGGAGGGCGACGACAUCUCCGUCCCGGACUCUUGGAUGCCCUCGGACGACGGGUCUUCUCUCGCCCUCGCUGUCGGUGCGGCUACAAGCGGGCAGGACGGCGUGGCGCACGACUCCGGUCCGGAGGACGCCUCGUUCACAAUCAGCGGGGUCUCUACCAUUGAUGUCGUCGGAACCAACUCAAGCGUAGACACGUCCCAGCACCAGGGCGCGCUGUCUUCGAACGCGUGCUCUGUUCGGCUUUUCUCCGGGGCAGAGGGGGCGGGCGCUAGCAACGGGCUGCUGCCGCUGCUCAGCGGGGGCGAGUGCAGUACCAGCGGUAGCCGGCAGUCCCGAGGCGGUGAGGGGGAGGAGACGGUGGAUGCCGAGGGUUGGUCCGAGCCCGUGGUGACCGGGGGCGCGAGCGUCGAAGGGAUCGACGGCAACGGCAAUGAGGACGCCGGCACCUUGAGCGCGGUCGACGUGACGUUGACACUGACCCCGGCAGUUCCCGCGAUGGUGGCAGAAGAGGGACCGACUGGUGGUGGUACCUUUGACGAGGACUGGGGUGUCGGAGGGGAGAGUGAGUACCUCGGCAACGGCGAGUGGGGAGAGGCGGCGGCGGCGGCGGCGACGGCGACGGGGCCGCGGCAACGGCGCCGCCUGGGCAUAUUCAUGAAAAUGAUCUCGGAGGUCCCCGCCGCCGCCGCCACCGCCGCCGCCACUGCUGGUGCUGCCGGUGCAUCGCCGACGAUGACCACUCCUCCCCCCAUCGUGCAAGAGAGUUUCGCGUUCGAGGGUGUGAGCACGCUAGUGGGGCAGGAGUGCUGGGUUCUUGGCAGGGAGAUGACCGUUGCUGGAGGAUGUGGAGCGGGAAUCGACCUAUCGGAAACGGCUGUUGCCUCUCUUUCUCAGGAAGUCUUCGACCCGGAGGUGAACAUGAGCGGACAAUGCGGCGACGAACGCCGCCGCCGCGGCCGCCUCCCGUGCUUCGCGUCCUUUCACUAA